UAUGGCUAGAGGAAAAGGAUUUCCGUCCUUGGAGAAAGUCUCCGCUGCUCCUUUAGCAUUAAAAAAUGGGGAGAUAGGCAUUACCGUCAAAGCAGUCGGCUCUAGUCCAGCGAUCACUACUGUCGUCAUGGGCGGUCCAGGCUCGGGGCCCCAUACUGCUACAGCAAUAGCCUCGGGUACAGCAGUCGCCACUGCAACAGCAUUGACUCAUGGUACGGGAACGUCAACUGCUACGGCACUUGCUUCCGGCUCAUCAGUUGGUACCGCCACAGCACACUCAUACGACGCAGGAGACGCCACCGCAACAGUAAACACUUAUGACUCAGCAACUGCUGAAGCCAUUGCGCAUGCAUACGACACAGCGGUCGCCACAGCCACAGCGAACGCUUCUAGCUCGGCAGUCAUCAAAGCUGAGGCGAUCGCCAAAGGCAAGGAAGUCAUCACCGAAACACAAAACGGGCCCUGAACUUAGAUUUUCAAGAAACUUCAAAUAUCUUAUAUAAUAUAACGAAAUAAAAUAUAUUAAAGGCAAUGGUUUGAAGUGAAAUUUACUCUCGGCCAGUAUAUUAACAAGUUGGGCGAUAAAACUGUGCAGUAAAAAUAAAAUAAAAUAAAAUAGAAGUAAUAAAUAAUCAGUAAUAAAAUGAGUAAAUACAAUACAAUGCGUACAAGAUAGUGAUAAAUUUCAAUCAAAAUCAAAACAGCACAAUAAAUAAUAGUACUGCUAACAGUGAAAUGUUAGAAUGAACUGUUUAUAUGUGGACAGUUGUCAAAUCAGAAUUAGUCGGUAUAAAAACUUGGAAUAUAAAGAUUUUUUUUUUCAAAUAGUGGUUAGAUUACAAGUUUACAAGAUUACUUCUUGAAAAUAAUUUAUGCUUUUACCUUUUACCUGGCUCGGAAAAAAAUACUCUGUACUGCGAAGAACCAGCAAGAAACUCAGCGGACCUUUUUAUAAACAUUCGUUUACAAUAUUAUAUCAAUUGUACAAUUAAAUCUGAAAACCCAGGGGUUAUAGUCAAUCAUGUACUCUUUAGCAAUAUAAAAACCCGUACAGUACAAAUUUUCUUAAUAAAAUUUUUAAACUUAUUGAUAGAUAAAUCCUGCUUUAUCCUGAAACUUAGUUGUAACAAAGCGUGUACAUUGUCCCAUGAAGGAAUUAUUGACUUUUGGAGUCGAGUAACUGGUAGAGUAUAUUAAUAAGAGACUCCUUUGAACGUGGUUUAUUAAUUGCUCUUAUGGCUCUCUUCUGCAAAACAAGGAUAGUUUUAAUGUCCAGUCGCAUUACCAAAUAUCAAGAUUUCAUAUUAUAACAUUUUGCUAUUUAUAUUAUAUAUAAAACUAAUCUAGUUGUUUCAAAACAUUUAAGGUUUCUAAUUUUUACAUGUAGAACUUAGUUUGCAAGCUAAUUUAGAUAAUAUGUAAAUUAGCAUGCAAACUAAGUUUAUAUGGGGGCCCCAUUCAUUUUUGUCUCUGUUAAGUAAAAACUCAAGUUCCGAAUAAUUUACAUGUGCGCGUUGAGAAUUGCCGAACUAUUUACAAGGCUGCCCAUUCAGCUAUUUUACUGACCAUUUUUUUGUACUGGUGCUGUGAAUUACUUAAUCGUCCAAUUUGUUUUUAAUUACUGUUCAUGUUUGACUGCUGCACUAAUUAAACUGAAUAGAGUGAUGCUCAUAUCGUGAUUUAAAAACGAUAUCGUCUUGCUUGUCACCAAAGAGUAUAUUAUAAUCACUACGUCUUGUCACGUUUGUCGUUUAUCUAUUUAUUAAUUUAUUUAACCAUUUUUGUACUAAAGAUACAAACGGCGGACUUAAUGCCAUAUGACAUUUUCUACCAGAUAACCAGAAAUUUUGUAGAAGUGUAUAGUGCAGUACAGUGGGCUGGGGUGAAAAACGGUAUAUUGGCUUUGCAUGGGUGAUAUGUGGAUUCUACAACAGCGCCAUCUACUGGGUCCAACUAUAACUAUAACCUUUGCGUAAGUGUAAGCGACAACAAAGUUUUAGCGCAAUCAGAUAAACAAAAUCAAAUAUAAAUGUUUAGGUAUAUAUCAUAUAUAUUUAUUAUUAUUAUGUCAGAUGAGCUUGAGUAAUGUUCUUUUACUUUUUUUUAAUUAAUUAAUUUUAUAUGUGUCUAAAUGACUAAUGUCGAAUACCUAAUUUUCUAUUAAAUGGAACCCGUCAU